CUAAGCUCCACCCCUUAACCCCAGCGCCCAAAGCGGAAGAAUACAAAAGGCGGGCCAGGGGGCGGGGCAAGCCGAGGAACCGGAAACGACGGUCGGGAAUUGACUAGGCGAGCUGCUUCUGACCCACGUGCAGGAGUUGCUAUGAUGGAAGUCAAAAGGGAAAAAAAAUUCACAGGAAAGGGUACAAAGUCAUUGCAAGGAAAAAACAGAUUUCAUAAAACCAGAGAUUCUAGUUCUUCAAAGGCAUUCCCCCCAAAAGUUAAGGAUAGUGGACCUAAAAUCACAUCUAAGAAUUUUGAGAAAAGUGCUACAAAACCUGGGAAAAAGGGUGUGAAACAAUUCAAGAAUAAACAACAAGGGGACAAAGGACCGAAGAACAAAUUUCAGCAGGCAAAUAAAUUCAACAAAAAGAGAAAAUUCCAGCCAGACAAUAAAAGUGAUGAAUCAGCAACUAAGAAACCUAAAUGGGAUGACUUCAAAAAGAAGAAGAAAGAACUGAAGCAGAGCAGGCAGCUCAGUGACAAAACCAACUAUGAUAUUGUUGUUCGAGCAAAGCAGAUUUGGGAGAUCUUAAGAAGAAAAGAUUGUGACAAAGAAAAAAGAGUAAAGUUGAUGAGUGACUUGCAGAAGUUGAUCCAAGGGAAAAUUAAAACUAUUGCUUUUGCACAUGAUUCAACUCGUGUGAUCCAGUGUUACAUUCAGCAUGGUAAUGAAGAACAGAGAAAACAGGCCUUUGAAGAAUUACGAGGUGACUUGGUUGAAUUAAGUAAAGCUAAAUAUUCCAGAAAUAUUGUUAAGAAAUUUCUCAUGUAUGGGAGUAAACCGCAGAUUGCCGAAAUAAUCAGAAGUUUUAAAGGCCAUGUGAGAAAGAUGCUGCGUCACGCAGAAGCAUCUGCUAUUGUGGAGUAUGCAUACAAUGACAAAGCCAUUUUGGAGCAGCGGAACAUGCUGACCGAGGAACUCUAUGGAAAUACAUUUCAGCUUUAUAAGUCAUCGGAUCACCCAACUCUGGACAAAGUAUUGGAGGUACAGCCAGAAAAAUUAGAGCUUAUUAUGGAUGAAAUGAAACAGAUUCUAACUCCAAUGGCCCAAAAAGAAGCUGUGAUUAAGCACUCAUUGGUUCAUAAAGUAUUCUUGGAUUUUUUUACCUACGCACCCCCAAAACUCAGAUCAGAACUGAUUGAAGCCAUCCGAGAAGCAGUGGUAUACUUGGCACACACACAUGAUGGUGCCCGAGUCGCCAUGCACUGUCUGUGGCACGGCACACCCAAGGACAGGAAAGUGAUUGUGAAAACAAUGAAGACUUAUGUUGAAAAGGUGGCUAAUGGCCAAUACUCUCAUUUGGUUUUACUGGCUGCAUUUGAUUGUAUUGAUGAUACUAAGCUUGUGAAGCAGAUAAUCAUCUCGGAAAUUAUCAGUUCCUUGCCAAACAUAGUAAAUGACAAAUAUGGAAGGAAGGUCCUUUUGUAUUUACUGAGUCCAAGAGAUCCUGCACAUACAGUACCAGAAAUCAUUGAAGUUCUGCAAAAAGGAGAUGGUAAUGCACACAGUAAGAAAGACACAGAGAUCCGUCGUCGUGAGCUCUUAGAAUCCAUUUCUCCAGCUUUGUUAAGCUACCUGCAAGGACACGCCCAAGAGGUGGUGCUAGAUAAGUCUGCAUGUGUGUUGGUGUCUGAUAUUCUGGGAUCUGCCAUUGGAGAUGUUCAGCCUGCCAUGAAUGCCAUUGCCAGCUUGGCGGCAGCAGAACUACAUCCUGGUGGCAAGGACGGAGAGCUUCAUGUUGCAGAACAUCCUGCAGGACAUCUAGUUCUGAAAUGGUUAAUAGAACAAGAUAAAAAGAUGAAAGAAAAUGGAAAAGAAGGAUGUUUUGCAAAAACACUGGUAGAACAUGUUGGUAUGAAGAACCUGAAGUCCUGGGCUAGUAUAAAUCGAGGUGCCAUUAUUCUUUCCAGUCUUCUGCAGAGUUCUGACCAAGAAGUUGCAAACAAAGUCAAAGCUGGGCUGAAAAGCCUGAUUCCCACGUUGGAAAAAAACAAAAGUAAAAGCAAAGGAAUAGAAACUCUACUUGAGAAACUGACCACGUAGGUGGAAAGAGUUAAAAAAAACAAUGGAAUAAUUUUUUCCCAUUCUCUGUUCUCUUCCCAGCACAGAAAAGAAUGGCAAGAGUCACCUUUUUGUAAUUUGGGAGCUCUGUACAUUUGUUUCUUCUUUGUAUAAGAAUCUGUUUAUAUAAAAUUAUUUCUAAAAAUGGUCUUUAUUUUUUAAAUUACAGCUCUCUCAUUUUGAGUAGUAAGCAGAUCACAAUGUGUGGCAGUACUUAGAAAGUUUAGAAAUCCUAUGUGGUUAUAUGGUGGGACCAAAUAUGUAUAAAGUGAGGUUGAAUGAGUUGGUUCAGGGGAGAAGACACCUUUAAUGAGCAUGUACUUAGGCUUCCUGGAGCAGUUGAGACUUGAGAGGACCAUUGGUGCCAAAGCAAGCCAGAAUAUGGAAAAGAAGAGCCAACGGGUGUCUUUGGUGGGAUCAGUUAGAUGGGAAUUAAUGGUUUUGAACUGAAGUGUAGGAAGCCGUGGGGGACCCUUUAAUGAGGGCAUUCUAAUUAUUCUGUGGAUUGAGUUCCAUGUUAAGUUUUCUUUGAAAGUUACUUCGGUAAAUUAAGCUCAUUACAGGAAAUGUGCUAGAUGAAUUAGAGGAUCACAGUGGAUAACAGUGUUAAGGUAAGGGUCACUGGGAAUAUCUCCCUGUCUCUGGAUUUGGGUCUUAUAAGUAAAUAAGCUCCUUGUGAUAAGACAUUCUACCUUUGGAUUGGCACUAAAAUAGUCAAAAGUCUAUACAGUAAAAGGCAAAAAGAUACAAAAUUGUUCUACUGCAGAAGUCUGAGUGCAAAGCAUGUCUGAAUGUUAAUACUAUAGUUGGCUCUGAACAGCAGAACUUAGAAGGGCAGGUAGGUCAGUGGGGCUCAUGUAGCCAUGCUGCUUUCAGUACAUGUCUUGAUUCUGUCUCAAGCAGUCUGAUAAACAGGACACCCAGUCAUGCCUGUCAACUGCAUUUUACACUCCUGGAGAAGUGAGUGCAGCUUUCCUAUCCAGACUGUGGGGUCCCAGUAGUACUCCUAACAUAAAGCUGCCUAGACUUCAUUACCCUCUCUCCUGCCAGGGUGUGUGAACUCUUCUCAAAGAACAGAAGAGUGAAUACCUAUAACUUUUCACACUUUUCUUCCUGACUACCACCCUCUGAGUCUCAGGGUAUGGGGUGGGGCAGCUGGGGGAAUUGGGCAUUGUGUGAGGAGAUGAAUGGCGAGAAGGCUACAUUACAGCUUGCCUUUUACUAAUACAUUGUGAUUUAUGUUCGUAUAAAGGGCCCAUUCAGAGGCUAGGGGCAGGACUAUUUUUUUUUCAUCUUUGAAAGUAAAAAUAUAAAAUAACGUAAAUAAUUUAAAAAGCACUUUUGUAAAACAUAAAAAGUGGCCACCUCUUCCACCCCCUCCUCAAUAUCCCUGUCUUAUCCUCUCCAGAAUGACUUCUAGUUUGUUAUUAGCUGUGCCGUUUCUAAAUAUCGUAUUUUUAUAGUGUUUAUUUUUAAUCUUUCAGUUUUAGAUGUUGUCUUCUGGCUUCCUAUGGUAAAAAAAUACAGAUUAAGAACUUUACCACCACUAAUCCUCCCCUUUCCUCUCACUUCCCAAUAGAACUACAUCAGUCAAAAGAUUUAUGAUAUUACAUCUACAAAAAUUGUUAAAUAUUGAAUCAAGCAGUGAACUUUCAUUUCUUCUGCCAUUUUAUUUUUCCUAGAAUAAAUCAUUGUCUCAUUUGUUUUCAUUUACAUAAUUUUUUAUUUUUUUUUAUAACCAGAAUUGCUUAAACUUCCCUCAUAGGCUCCAUUAACGACUACAGGAUGGCCAUUUUCCUCUUUUCUUUAGCCUAGUGAGAUCCCUUGUUUCUAUUUCUUUCCAUGUGGAUUAGCUAUCCUGUUCCAUGUUUUCCAACUAGUGUCUCAAGUGGGUUAUAAAUGUGAGAUUACUUGCCCAACUAUAUACCUGUUCCCUUGUUUUGUGCAGAAAAGCACUGGUGUAAACUAAUCCUGAGGCUGCAUUCUUUAAGUCAGUGAUUGAUUUAGGAAGGAGCUCAGCCAGUGAACUGUGAAAGAGAUGGUGUUCCUGGGAAAGGUUUCUAAGACCCUAGCCCCACAGGAAGAGUCCCUUCAGUGCAACCAGUGCCUGAGCUGUUGCAACAUCUUGCAACCAAAAGAAAAGAUAGCUAACAGUUACUGAGCAAGAGCUAGAAAUAAUCUAUAACUUGAUGAUAUUUAACUGCUACAUAAAUCAGCUGAAGCUGUGCUAGAUGAAGAUCUGGUUAUAUAAGAAAAUAGACCCCCAUUUUUCACUUAGGUAAUUGUGAAUUGGAUCUUUAGAAACUUAUGUCUAAAAGCAUGCAAUCUAACUGAAUACUACAUGUCAGUCAAUUUAACAUUUCCAUUUCCUGUUAGAGACCUGUCCCCCGCCCCUGCCCCCAGCUUUCUGGAUGUCCUAAAGAAUGAGCUGUAUGUCUAGCAGCAUCUUCUCGCUCCUUGCCUUCAUUUUCUCUGGUUUGUUUGAUGCCAUGCAUUUUUCUUUCUUGCUCAACACAUUUAAUUGAAUGGUCACAGGUUCUUAUACAUUCCAAAUGCAAAAAUACAUGUGAGGUAACAUUGUAAAGCCCUUCCAAGUCUAAAGGUUUAUUCUACUUUCAUACCCAGAUAUCUAGUUUAGCUGGGUAUAGAAUUCUAGCUUUAAAUUAAUUUUUUAAAAUAAUUUGAAGCAUUGGGUUUUUUGUGUGUGCAAAUCUGCACACAGAAUGUGCGGAAAUGCAGUACCAUGUUACCAGUUUCAUAUGUGGCCUUUUGGGGAGGGAUAGACUAAUCUUCAAAUUUACACUAUUUUUAAAAUCAUCAGCCUUCUUGUAUUUCAAGAUUGUGUGGUAUGUCAUGUAUGUCUGCUUUUCAUUCUUCAUGCUGGGCCCUUGGUAAACUUUUUAAUUAGAAAAACCAAGCACUUCUAUCCUGGGAAAUGAUUUUGUAUUGUUUCUUGGAUUUUUCAUACCUUUUCUCCCCAGUUUUCAUUUGUCCUUGUUUCAGGAGUUCCUGUAUUUGGAUCUUGAAUGGUGGUCUGAAGCUCCAAUUUUCCUCCUUUACUCCUAUUUUUUUAUUUCUUUGGUUUUUUGUUUUGCUUUCUGGGUGAGGUGUUUAUUUCUUCCCCUUUGUCUGCCAGCCCUUCCAGUAAAAUGUCUCAUUUCUUGGAUGUAGUCAGUAUCUUUAUGUCUCUGGGAAUGUCAUAUUUUCUGAUUGUUUUGUUUUACUUUGCUUUGCUCCUUUUCUGUUGUCUGCUCUUUUCUUUUUUCUUUUUUUGUCUUGGUGUUUGAGGCUUUGCAGGAGAGGUUUCUGGCUCUCCUUUUAUGUUGUAGACACUGAAACUCAUGGGAAGGAGGCAGGCUUUUCUUGUUCUCUGCUGUAGGAUGUACUGUGUGGGUUUCUAGCUGUGGAUCCUGCUGUUUUGCUGUAGUCCUCUAGAUGUCAGUAUUUGUACCCUCCUGAGAGCAAACCACCUGCAGCCCAUGUUCCAGUUGCUUGGCACUCAGUGUGCAAGUUUUAAUGAAUCAAGUUGCUUUCAUUAUAGUUUAUAGUUUCUCUUACAUUUUCUCAUACGUGGAGUCCUCUCAUCUUGUGCAGUUGGACCAGCAUAAUUCCCCAAAAUAUGCCACCAGAUUCUGCCAGUGUGGAGGGUCAAAGUUUGGACCAGCCCCCCAGAUUCCUCCACCAGGACAUGGCACAUCUUGUACCUGGGAUUCCGGGUGCAUCAUGCUGAGAAUUGACUUACUUCUCUGCAUGCACUGGUUAUUCAGCUUUCCAUUCUGCCACUUUCCCCAAUGCUUUCUGUUCUUCCAGAUAACUGUUGCCAUUGCUCACCUACUGAUAGCUUCUUUCCUGUUUACUUUGUUCCUGUGAGUUUAUAUCAUUUUAAUUUUUUUAGUUAUGUCUGAUUUUUUCUGGGAGGAACAAAUAAAUUUAACAAUAUUCCAUUUUUAAGCAACUGUCUAAAAAUGACUUUUAACAAACUAAAAACAACAGAACUGGUUUGUUUUGGGGGCUUGUUUUCCAAGGAAGAGCUUAUUGGAUUUGAGAAUAUUCUUAAUUUGAAAACAGUUUAUUAUAGUCUUCACUUUGCAUCAACUCCAUUCUUUUUUUCCAAGGGUCAGAUGUCUAGAAGGAAGGAAGGAAGGAAGAUCCAUUUUCCCUGUAGGUCUGACAUUAUAAACAUUCACAUACUGGAAUAAGGACCCCUUGGAGGAUAUGAUCCAAACUCAAAGGAUUGGUGCUUUAAAAUAGGAGAUGGCACUUCUGUUUUUGUUCUCAGGGCAGUUUUGAAAAGUUAUAUCUUAAUUUAGCAGAUGAGUAAGUCUUGUAAGGAUUAGGAGGUGUGUGUAUUUGGAAUAAUGGUUAAGAAAACACAAGCUCUCAGAGCUGCUGCGCUUAGAAGGGAGCCAGUUAACAAAAGCUAUUUCUAGACCAAAACUAAUGAACUAAACAAACAUAAAAUACUACCACUUAAGCUCUUGUCGCCUCUCAUAUUGCUUAACUUAAGGAAACAAGCUUAAAAUUAUCUUCAUUUUUUUCUAAAUUUGAAACACCACCGAGGUACCCCAAAUCUCCAAACUUUAUUCUCUGAUUUUUAAGAUUUUGAGAUGAACAGAGUCAAACAGGAGGUGCAGUGUGCUCUUUGACUUACCUGUCUUUUGUGAAUAGUAACUAGAUGGCUGCUCUGCAUUCCAAAGUGUGCAGACACUGCUGUGUACAUAUUCUCAAAAUGGUGUCUUGGAAUACAAUGCUAAUGCUUCUCCUUCUGUCCCUAUAAAAGAAUGGUGUUUGGAGUCUUUCAUAAAAAUGAAAAUGUUUCAUUCAUUUAUAAAAAUGUUUAAUCCAAUUGUAAGCUUGGACCGUGCCUUUGCUGAAUGGAAGUGGACAGACAGAGCUGCAGAAUGUGUGAAGGAAGAAUUUUGGCCCAAGCUUCCCAGUUUUUAGGGAGUUAAUCAUAACUUGGUAGGAAAUGAUUAGCUCUUAGUAGUGCCUGAUACGUGACAACUACUUGAAUGGAAGGUGAUAGGAGUCUGAGGUCAUGAGAAUCAUCUGACUUUGUGCUCUUGAUGACUAUAAUUAAGCAUAAUGAGUAUUUAAAAAUUUAAAUGACUUCCAGAUGCUUGAAAACAGACUUUCCUUUUAGAUAGAAAUUCUUUUGCGUUUAAAACUCAUAUUCAGAUUGAAACAUCUAGCAGUGAAGAUGUAACUGCCUUGUUGCUGCAUUCAGCUGGAGGUAGUAAUGGGAAUCUUAAAGACCAGUAUAACAGCAGGAAAGCAUUUUUGAGGAAAUAGACAAGAUGUAGGUUUUUCUUACCAAAACAACUUUUCUGCCCUAUCUAUUGCUCAAUAUCUAAGUCUAGUUCUAAAUAUAGAUCUGAUCAAAUUCACUCUGCUGGUAAUAAUAAUCCAAUAGACAUGUGUUUCUCUGGCUGGCAUCUCUCUGGGGGUGGUUCUCCCAUGUUUCAACAUUGAUCUUAUUUGGGGGAGACUUAUCUUAGCCCAUGAAUCAUGACUCAGGUCUUCCUAAUCUCAACACCAUUCCUAUAGCCACAGUGAUUAGUUAAUUUAUGGUACUCUGAUAAAUAAAUAACAUCAAAUCAGGAUCUGGUGGGGAACAUUGAGGGUUCUGGAACUUCUUUGAUAAAAAUAGUGAAAAAUGUUGUUUCUUCUCCCAGAAUCCCAAGCUCCUCAGACCCUGGUCUGGAGCAGCCUGCCUAUAUGUUUCUGCAUGUCAUCAAAUUUGUUUCUGCAUAUUUUUUUCACAUUUUAAUAAAUCAGGUGGUAUAUUAAUGUGACAUCAGUGGCAUAUUAACAUGACCAUUGUUUGAUUGGCAACUUUUUUCAUUAGUGAUACAUAAAAUAAUUGUGGACCUUAGAGUUAAAAGUGUAUUUACAGUUGAUAAAAUACAAUAUUCUGCUUUCUCCUUCCUUUAAGUGUUUUCCAGGGUCUGUGUAAGCCUGCUUUGUUUUUCACCCCUCUAGAGUUUUUAUUAUUGAACCCUCCUUAGAGGUGAGCAAGGUUAGGAUGAACUGUCUUCUGCAACACAUUUGCACAUGAAUUACACUUCUUUGGAAGAUGAAUAUCAGGUAAAAUGAGAGGUUAUAUGGAACAGAGUAUGGUUUGAAGCCUCACUCUAUAGCCAGCUUCAUGGGCAAGUUACAUAACCUCUCUGCUUCAGUUUCCUCAUUUAUAAGAUGAAGAUAAUAUUUCACAUCUUUGUAGAUUAAACAAGUUUGUAUGUAAGUACCUAAGCUGGGCCUGGCACAGUCAGGACUGCCUCUCAGGGCCAGACUUCCCUAUGGGUAAGUAGAACCAUGGGAGAUUUGGGGGUUACCCCAAAGGCCCCUAUGACAACUUGUAAAUCAAAAUUCUGAUCCUUCAAGUUUUUACUAUUGAAUAUUUCCAAGGCUCCUACCCCUAUACAUACCACAGUCAAACAUGAGCUAAGCUGUCAUUUUUAGCUAGGAUUAAGAAAGGUUUGGCCUGGCACAGUGGCACACACUUGUAAUCCCAGCAGCUUGGGAGAUGAGGCAGGAAUAUAGGGAGUUCAAAGCCAACCGCAGCAAAAGCGUGGCACUAAGCAACUCAGUGAGACCCUGUUUCUAAAUAAAAUACAAAAUAGGGCUGGGGAUGUGGUCAAGUGCUCGAGUGUCUUUGAGUUCCAUCCCUGAUACCAAAAAAAAAAAAAAGGUUUGCAGGCCCCUUGCAGUCACUUCUGCCCACAGGUUAGGAAGCAGAGGUUGAAUAUAUUUGAGCCCAAAUAGUUUCCUAAAAUGCAAGUGACUGGCAGGAAUAGCACCUUUAGCUGUUCCCUGCCAUAAAACCUUCCUGUGAAGUCAGCUUGCUUGAGAAGACGGCCAAGAGCUAGACUUGAAAGAGGGAGGUUUUUUCCUUAGGAAGGAGAAAGGGAUAAAUUGAGGUCACUUACCUAGUCCAACAAGUUAUGUACAGCAAAGAAGUGGGGGCUUCCAGUUGUGUAGUGGUCGUGGCCUCCAGAGAUUUAAUUUGAGUCUGUGCCAGGAGAAUGGGCUAAUUGGGUGGUUAUUUUUAAGUGAAAUAGCCUUGGACUCUUGGAGAAUGUGAAAAUUACUUGCACUCUGCCAACUUGCUAGGCAGGUGAUCUUGGUUUUCAGUUUCUUCAUCUACAACAAAGCAUCUAUGGUCCCUAAUUUGCACAGGGUUUCCCUGCGGUGCGAGUGGUUAAGAGCAAGGUGAAAAACCCCUAGAGUUUGCUUUCAGAAGUUCUGACUUUGCAGCUUGGCCCAGGUUCUGACCAGGAAUGUGGGCAAGUCCUAGUCUUCAGAAACUCCAGUUUCCUAAUUGUGGAGGUAGGGAUAAUACCUGAAAGUCUCAGGGCUGAGGUCAGAAUCAAAUAAGAUUGUACAUGUGAGGCAACUUGUAGAAGUUCAUAGAUUUUUGACUGUAGAUGGAUCAGAUAUUCCCUGACUUUUUUUUUUUUUAAGAGAAAGAAUUUUUUAAUAUUUAUUUUUUAGUUUUUGGCGGACAUAACAUCUUUAUUUGUAUGUGGUGCUGAGGAUUGAAUCCAGCACCUCGCAUAUGCCAGGGUAGCAUGCUACCGCUUGAGUCACAUCCCCAGACCUUCCCUGACUUGUUUUGCUUUCACAUUUCAUGGUUGUGGUUUAUAGAGUAAACAACAAAAAGAACAACAAGCAAAAACCUCUACUACUAGGUAAAAUUAUGUAAAAUCCAAACAAAAAGAUUUGUACUAUAUAGACAUUCUAAAGCACUAUCUGCAGAGCCACAGGACAAUUUUCUUUGCAGGGAGGGGCCAUAAGUGGAAUAUUACCUGGAGUUGAUCUAAGUUUGACCUCUUACUCCUGUAGUCUAUCUUUCAUUGAAUGUGUCUAUGUGUGAGUGUGUUUGUGUGUAUAAUUUUACUCUGUUGUUAUCUUCCUUUGAACUAGCUUUACCUUCCUUGUUUUCUCAUUAAUGAGUUACAUAAAUCUUUCAGUUUAUAUUUGUACUUUUGACAUUAGAAACUUGCUUUUUGUUUUUAUAUUGCACUUUAGAUAUAAUUAUGUUUUGUAAAGUUUUAGUACAAUAAAACCCAGGAAAUUUGUUCACUUCAACUGAUAACAUUAGGUGAUGCCUCUUUCGUUAGUAGGACAGGCAGACUCCAGUUGCUAUUUUGUUGUCACCUGCAAUCAUGAUGUUACUAUUCUGUGGAAAGCUAUUUUGUUACGUUCAGAUUGCAUUUUCAAGUUUAGUUUGUCUUUAAGAAAAGCUUUUGAGAUGUACAAUUUUAGUUACUGCAUAACAUUAAGGCCUCUUACCAGAUUGAGAAUUUUUAGUGAAAUUUUAUAAUUAAGCAAAGUGAGACUGAUGGAAGAACUUCCCCUCUAACUAGAAGACAGCAUCAAGUAAUUUUGCCCAUAAACAGUUUUGUUGAGAAUUGCUUGAAUCAAGAAAAAGCUGUGAAAGAAAAGGCAGACAACACAAUAGGAAAGUUUUUUGUAAGUUGUAAGUGGGCAGAAAGUAGUGCUACUUCUGUGAAAAUGAGCAGCAAGUUAAAAAGCUUCUCAAAAAGCUUCCUAAAGCAAAUUUCUGCCAAGAUCAGAAAUAAAGUAAGACAUAAAAUUUCAGCAAGUGAAGAGGAAUAAGUUUGCAACCCAUGUUUAAGUCAUCAAUAAAAAUCAAAUGCAGAAAAUAA